AAACCCUCAGCCUUUUUUAAAAAACAAAAUUAUUUAUUUAGGAAACCCUCGUUCAGUCGCCUCGCUCUGUUUUUUCUUGUGUCUGAGGAUUUGACGGAGUUGCACCAGUUUUCCCCCCAUUGGAGUAUGUUCUGAUCAAGCGUACGCCUUCCGAUUACUAAUCCUUCCUACAGAAAUCAAUCAAUUCUCGACUUAAAAAUUAUCGGAUUCGAAGCCGGGAUGGUUCGUUGUUCUUGAAGAAUUUCUCCAUUGAUUCAUUCCACUAAAUACCAUACGCAUCGACUUGCGAAUGAGAUUAUCCAAAAAUCUCCUGCCGAAGAAACAGUGCAUUGCUGGCUGAUCUAAGUUACCACCCUCAAAUCUCAACACUACUUGGACAAAGUCCAGCUGUAGCUAAUGGCUUCAGCCCCAUCAAAGCUUUAUGCAGAUGAUGCUAGCCUUUUAAUGGUUCUGUUAGACACAAAUCCAUUCUUCUGGAGCACAUCAUCUCUUGCUUUCUCUCAGUUUCUUUCUCAUGUUCUUUCAUUUCUAAACUCGAUCUUGCUCUUAAAUCAACUUAACCAAGUGGUAGUUAUUGCCACGGGAUACAGCUCCUGUGGUUAUAUCUAUGAUUCAUCUUCAGCAACGAAUAUGAGCAAUGAAAAUGGGGGAAUGCCGGCCCUCUAUUCCAGUUUGUUGUGGAGUUUGGAGGAGUUUCUUAACAAAGAUGAGCAAUUGAGUAAGGGAGAGCCUGAGGGGAAGAUUGCAUCUUCGCUGCUGUCUGGAUCACUUUCCUUAGCAGUUUGCUAUAUACAGAGGGUUUUCCGUUCUGGACCACUCCAUCCACAGCCUCGAAUUCUGUGUUUGCAGGGAUCUCCUGAUGGGCCGGAGCAAUAUGUGGCAAUAAUGAAUGCAAUAUUCUCUGCACAACGUUCUAUGGUUCCCAUAGAUUCUUGCUGUGUAGGUGCUCAUAAUUCUGCCUUCCUGCAACAGGCUUCUUACAUAACGGGUGGUGUAUAUGUAAAGCCCCAACACUUGGAUGGAUUGUUUCAAUACUUAACGACAGUUUUUGCUACUGAUUUGCAUUCACGCUGUUUUUUACAACUUCCAAGACCUGUUGGUGUUGAUUUCAGGGCCUCGUGUUUCUGCCAUAAAAACACAAUUGACAUGGGCUACAUAUGUUCUGUUUGCUUGUCCAUAUUCUGUAAGCAUCAUAAGAAAUGCUCAACCUGUGGGUCAGUGUUUGGUCAGGCUCAGGCCAAAUCAGAUGUUGCCUCAGCAUCUGAUCGAAAGAGAAAGACCCCAGAAGCAUGAGUUUUUACCCUAUAAUGUACUCCUGUUUUUCUUAAUGGUUCAUUUUUUUAGUGCUUUAUCUAGUCCUAAUUCGUCACACCUAUGUCUUGAACCUAUAAAAAUAUGUAACGACAAUGAACGAUUGUUUUAUUGCUUCGUUUACAAGCAUUAGAUUAGUA